UAAAGGGCGGGGAUUAGGUCACUCACAUGUGAGAUUUGUUGUAACGUCUCUAUGUUGAAAUUUAGGUUAUUUUUUGUGAGACAUCCGAAGUUGAAAGCACCUGGGUGUGGCUCAUGAAUGACGAGCACAGUGGAGAUUAAAAGGAACCGAAAUGUUAGAAUCUCAGUUGAUCAUCUGCAUUAUACAUUCGGAAUCUACACAUCUCUACAGCUCUAGGAUGUUACUGCUGUUUCAUACCCUACUGCUUUUGGACGGUUUGUUUGCUGCAGAAACAGUCGAGACAGUGACAGGGAUUGAGGGAGAUUCUGUUACUCUAUACACAAAUCUUGCUGAAAUACAGAACGAUGAUACGAUACUGUGGCUGUUUGGACCUAAAGACUCUGUCAUUUCUCAAAUAACGAGAAAGCAAGACCUGACUUCAUUUUUUGUCACUGAUGGCGUGAGAUUCAGAGACAGAUUGCAGGUGAAUCAAAAGACUGGAUCUCUCACCAUCAGAAACACCAGAAUCAGACACAUGGGACAAUAUAAACUCAGCAUCUCUAGAAAAAAUACUACGACCAAGAUAUUUGACGUUAUUGUUAUUGGUGUAGCUGGUGAGACGGAUGGAGUGAAGUCAAUGUCAGUGAUGGAGGGAGAGUCUAUAAUUCUACGGAAUGAUUUUUCUGAAGUACAGAGAGAUGAUCUAAUAGUCUGGAGGUUUGGAGAUAAAGGCGUCCUCUUGGCUAAAUUUGAUGUGGAAAAUAAUGACACGUCAUUAAACAAUGCUGAUGAGAUAUUCAGAGACAGACUGAAGCUGGAUCGGAAUGGAUCUCUGACCAUCGAGAAGACCAGAACUACAGACUCUGGACUUUAUGAACUACAGAUCAGAGGCCGUGCGAGCUCACAGCGAUUUCUGGUUUCUGUCAGUGAUUCAGAUCCAUCUCCAGGUCUUAUAGCAGCAAUUGUUGUUGCGCUGGUUUCGGCUGCAGUUGCAUCCUCUGUUGUGGUUUACUGUUGCUGCAAGAAAAAAAAGUGGGUUCCACAGGAGAAUAACUGAAUGAUUCAUUGACUGUAGAGAUGCCACUGCUGAGGUGAGGUAUGAGU